AUGGAGAGACCAGUGAAGGAUGGGAUCCUCUAUGUGCAGCACUGCAAAUUUGGAAAGAGGUCCUGGAGGAAGAUGCGAGCCCAGCUGUUUGCUGCCAGCCCCUCCGGUGUGGCCCGCAUGGAGAAGUUCGAUGUGCGGGAUGAUGGCACAGCCCCGGAGAAGAUGCCUCUGCAGCGCUGUGCCCGCCGGGUAAUCCGCCUCUCAGACUGUGUCUCUGUGGGCCCAGCAGGCACAGAGAGCUGCCCCAAAGCCACCUCCGCCUUCUACCUCACCACCACGGAGAAGAGCUAUGUGCUGGCGGCUGAGCAGCGGGAUGAGUGGAUUGCCCAGCUCUGCCAGCUGGCCUUCCAGGGUGCAAAAGAGACGGUGCCGAGUAAUGCCAGGACCCAGCUCAGCCCCUCUGUCCCCAUGGAGGAGAACUCCCUCUACUCCAGCAGCCCCUCUGUCCCCAUGGAGGAGAACUCCCUCUACUCUUCCUGGCAGGACUGUAUGUGCAGGGGUGCGGGAUAG